AUGCAAGACGUCAAUGAUGGCAGUAAUGUCAGUCCUGCCUUGAUGAGACUACGCAAUAAACCAAAAGCUCCUCAUAUUGAUUUCACUGUAUUCACUCAAGACGAUGGAACGGUUGUUAGUACAAAAGAUCGUGUUAUAAAAGAUGUGCCAGCUCCAGCUGUUGCACUUCCAACAGAUGAGGAGUUUUGGAGUAAAGAAAGACCGGGAUUACCAGAUAUAAAGUUUUUGAAAGAUCAUUUUUAUAGAGAAGGGAGAUUAACUGAGGAACAGGCAUUGUUUAUCUUGGAAAAGGGAACUGACAUCUUAAAGACAGAACCUAAUCUAUUAGAAGUUGGUGCUCCCAUCACAGUCUGUGGUGAUAUCCAUGGUCAAUAUUAUGAUUUGAUGAAACUGUUUGAAGUGGGUGGUGAUCCUGCUAAUACAACCUACCUCUUCUUGGGUGAUUAUGUUGAUCGAGGUUACUUUUCAAUUGAGUGCGUGCUUUAUUUAUGGUCAUUAAAAAUGUGGUAUCCGAAUACAUUCUUUUUGCUAAGAGGAAAUCAUGAGUGCAGACACUUGACAGAUUAUUUUACUUUCAAGAUUGAAUGCCGUCAUAAAUAUACAGAAAAGGUCUAUGAUGCAUGUAUGGAAUCCUUUUGUUCUUUACCUUUAGCUGCCAUCAUGAAUAAGCAGUUCUUGUGUAUACACGGUGGUCUAUCACCUGAAUUACAAACACUAGAUGAUUUGAAAAAGAUUGACCGAUUUAGAGAACCACCUACACAUGGACUGAUGUGUGAUCUUCUCUGGGCUGAUCCACUUGAAGAAUUUGGUCAAGAAAAGACAAAUGAGCUGUUUGUCCAUAAUCAUGUCAGAGGAUGUUCUUAUUUCUUUAGUUAUCACGCUGCUUGCCAAUUCUUGGAAAGAAAUAACCUGUUAUCCAUCAUUCGAGCGCAUGAAGCACAAGACGCUGGAUAUCGUAUGUACAGAAAGAGUAAGACAACAUCAUUCCCUUCCGUCAUGACUAUAUUCUCUGCUCCAAACUAUUUGGAUUUAUACAACAAUAAGGCAGCAGUAUUAAAGUAUGAAAAUAAUGUAAUGAACAUUCGACAAUUUAACUGCACCCCUCAUCCUUAUUGGUUGCCUAAUUUCAUGGACGUCUUUACUUGGAGUUUGCCUUUUGUUGGAGAAAAGAUUACAGACAUGCUUAUUGCUGUACUGAACGUGUGCAGUAAAGAAGAAUUAGCUGAAGAUGAUCAAACCUUACUAGAGGAUAAACCACCACUGGAUGAUGCUGAACAACGUAGAAUGGUGAUCCGUAAUAAAAUCAUGGCAGUGGGCAAGAUGUCGAGAGUAUUCUCUGUUUUACGUGAGAACUCUGAAAGAGUGACCGAAUUGAAAUCACUGUCUCCUACAGGCAAAUUACCUUUGGGAACAUUGGCUUUGGGUGUAGAAGGAUUAAAAACUGCCAUUACUACAUUUGAGGAUGCCAAGCGAUCUGAUUUAGAAAACGAACGAUUCCCUCCUACAAGAGAAGUUAAGGAAAGGAUGCUAAAGGAAGAAACAGACAGUAAGCUACGUACGGCCGUAAAUGAACAGGAUGAGACAAUGGAGGAAGUAGCGGAUGCAAUGCUUGAGUAA